UGUAUGUUUCAUGCAUCAUCACACAAACACUAUUUGCUUCUUGUGAGCAGGUUCAGCUACAUGUGAUGUGAAAUCUUAACAUUUUAGUGAUUUUUAUUUUACACUUCUACACUAACAAACGCUUCCUGGGUGUUUCUUAACCCAUGUGGUUAUGGAGAAACAGGAAGUUUACAGCAAGAAAAGACAGAAAAACCUUUUCAAGUAAAUCUUGCAAUAUACAGGGCUUGUGUCUGCUCAGCUUUGGACAUCUCUUCAGUAUGGCACUUUCACUGUGGAUAACGAUUAUUAGCAUAUGUUGUAUGUACUCCGAAGUCACCAGUACAGUUGUAGGUGAUACUUCUGUUUCAGCAGAUACUGUUAAUGGAACCACUGAACCAACAAAUACAGGCUUGACUUCCACACAAAUCACAUACAUUAGCAUUUGCAUUCCAUUAGCUGUUGUCCUGCUAGCAGCUAUUAUUACAAUAGUGCUAGUGUUUAUCUACAGACGAAAAAGGGGACGGGGUUGUUUACAUCAGGAGUCAAUCUUCUAUGGAAAUGCUGGAAAUGUGUCUAUGGAAGUGGAUCAUAAUGUGUACAAACCAAAAGAAAAGGAAAAGGACGACUAUGGAUCAAAGCCACCUUUAACAACUAAAGAGGAGCCAAUAUACAUCAACGUCCAGGGUAAAUGUUCUGUGGAGCCAAAUGUGGCUGGUGAUCGAACUGAAAAUAUCUACUGUAAUGUUGGCUAUGAUACGCAGCAGUAGGACACAAACGAUCAUACAUUAAGAUCAUGGCAGUAUCAUCACAUCAUUUGUUGAAAGACUUGAUAUUAUAAAUAUAUUAUUCUUUAUGUACAGCUUAAAUGAAUCAUGGAAUGUAACUGAAUUGCAUUAGCCUUUCCCUCACAUCUCUAAGGUACGUAUAAAGUCAUGAAAAACAUGCUAUUUUAAAUGGUUUAUUUAUUAGCUGCAAAAGAAAAUUAUGAAUAUGAUACUGAGAAAUCAGCAUAUGCAUUAAAUUUUUAUUAGAUGACUGUUAAAUGUUCAUCAGGAAAUAAAAGCUAAAGCAAUUUUGUGUUGUAUUAUUUAUAUUACAUUCACAUUUAGUAUUAUUACUAUAUAUAUAACAAUUUUUUUUUCUGAUCUAUCAGGUUCUGCAUUUGAUUUCCUCUUUCUCUUUCUAUGUUGCAAAAUGUCAUGUUCUAAAAAAACAUUAAGUACAAACCAGUGUUUUGCAACAAAUUACCCUGAAAUGGAAAUUCACAUAUAAUGAUAAUGAACUCUGCUUUUGGAAAAUGGAAACUAUGCUAUGUGUUAUUUUUUAUUAAAUUGUUUUCUCUCUGUAAACACCUUCUUUGUAAUUGUUGUUACUGAAGAAAGAGGUCAGAUCACAGGAUAAACAAGGCAUUCAAAAAGAAGGUCUUUAUGUUAAAUAAUGCUUUUAUGUUGGUCAGUGCAUC